AUGUCUCAUUUCACUACUUCGUUCGCAGCAGUUUACGCUGCAACGCUCAUCAUUCUUGCUGCCGCGCUGGGCGCUGCUGUCCUUCUUAUUGGGUUGCUACUACUGCUCAUGAUAAUACCUGGUACAUCUGCCACCAAUGAAAACGAGCAGCGGAAACGCAGGCGUGUGGACGACUUUACGGUCGACAUGUACCCUGAAAUGCUGGGUAUAGACACUACCCCAACACAGCAACAAAUCUCUGCGGCCGCUACAAUUGCCCAGCCACAGCAACAAAUGGUUCACCCGUUCACGACAACCACCACGCCGCUACAGAACCAGCAGUCACAGGGUAUCGCUGGCGCAGCUGCUCUACCAUUCCAUGAAACACAUACCAUCCACCCUUCCUUUUGCUGGAAAAUUAAUACUCCUUAG